AUGUCCGGGGGCGACUUGUCGCUUGCUGUGGCAUUAUACGGGUUUCUACCUCGAACAAAACAAGUAGAGAAGGCUGGACAUUCAUACGAGUGUUCAGUGAUUCGAGAUAAAAUAACCUUAGGAAAAUGCACUCGACCCGUACUCAGGAAGUCUAGUGUUGAAGAUGAGAAUGGUGACAGUUCUCCUGAUGAGAUUGAUAUUAACGAAGAUCGCAGUUCAUGGUACGAUGCCGAUGAUGAGAAAUACGAAAGAUAUUUGAUGAAGUUGGAUCCGAAUGAUACAAAGAAUCAGGAUCAUUACAAGGUGUUGGGAUUGUCAAAGCUUCGCUUCAAAGCGACAUUAGCGGAGAUUAGAACGUGCUAUCGUGCCAAAGUGUUGAAGUAUCAUCCUGACAAGAAAAAACAUAGAGGAGAGGUGCUGCCAGCAGGAGAAGACUACUUCACUUGUAUUACAAAGGCGUACGAGCAACUUGGUAUGUCAGAAGCAAAGCGACAGGCCUAUGAUUCCGUUGAUCACAAGUUCAAUGAUGCUAUACCAAGUGAAAAAUCUGUGAACAAAGAUAAUUUCUUCAACGAGUUAGCUCCGGUUUUCGAGCGGAAUUCACGGUGGUCUACUCGACAACCAGUGCCAUCAUUGGGCAAGAUUGACUCUCCGAGAACCGAUGUAGAAGCAUUUUAUAAUUUUUGGUUCGAUUUCUCAUCGUGGAGAGAGUUUUCAUAUCUGGAUGAAGAAGACAAAGAAAAAGGCGAAGAUCGCUAUGAGAGGAGGGAACUGGAGAAGAUAAAUAAGGCAGAGCGAGAGCGACGGAGAAAAGAAGAGGCCAAACGAAUACGACGGCUUGUUGAACUGGCGUACUCUAAAGAUCCUCGCAUAGCCAAGUUCAAGAAGGAAGACCAGGAGAUGAAGAAUAAAGCUAAAGAGGAGAAACAGAGAAAACAACGAGAGAAAGCCGAAGCUGCUGAGAGGGAAAAGCGGGAGAAGGAAGAGGCUGAAAUGAGGGCAAAAGAAGAGCAGGAGAGACUCAUAAGGGAAGAACGAUUUUGGGAGACGAGCAUUUUCUUAAGGAGCGAGAAAGGAAGGAGAAGGAAGCUGCUAAAGAAAGCUGCUGCUGCUCAGCGAAAAAGGUUCAAGAAGCUGGCUGAAGCUGCUAAUCAUUGGUCAGAGAAUGCAGCGCAGAAGCUAGCUGAGAUGGAGCGUGUUGAAAGGUUGUGUCUUUCCUUGUCAGCCGAUGAAAUGGCGUCCCUGUGUGAUCUGAUAGAAAAGGCAAACUCACGGGAAGACGUGUUGGCAGCUAUUUGCAAAUGCUGGAGGUAA